AUGAAGCCGUCUGCUCCCCUGGCCGUCGUGCUUCCUCUGGUGUUGUUCUCUACUCUGAUCUGCGGCUUCUUCGUCAAUGGUGUAUCGGGGCUAUUCAACCUGACGCUGGUCCACACGUCGGACACGAGCUCGGCUCUCACGGCGAUGGACCAGUACUCCAACCCGUGUAAGCCGGUCAACGCCUCCUCCUACGUGAGCGCCCAGGGCCUCGCCUGCUACGGAGGCGCGGCGCGGAUGAAGACCGUCAUCGACGGCGUCCGCGCCCGGGCGCCCAACAACUCACUACUGAUCGACGCCGGCAACGUGCUCAAGACUUCGCUCUUUUACUUCCUAUUCGGCCCGUCGCUCAUCGCUUCGUACUUUGACCAGCUGGGCUACGACUUCGUCCACUGGCAGAUCCUCGACUUUGUCGCGCUGGUGCCCAACGUGGUCGAGUUCAUGCAGCACGCCGGGUCGGACGUCGAGUUCGUGGUGAGCAACCUGGAGGGCUUCGCCGAUGACUCCCGGGCCAACGGCACCGUCAUCUCCGCCUUUGCGAUCAAGACCUUCGCGGGCCACGGCACCGGUGGCGGUGACGAGAAGGUGGGCUUCGCCGCCACGCUCGCCGAGAAUCUGAACUCGCUCGUGGCCUACUCUCAGAGCCUCAACUCGACCGAAGAGGCCGACGCGCUGCUGGUGGCCGUCGCCUCGCUGCAGAACCGGGGCGUCAACAAGAUCGUGGCGUCGGUGAGCAGCAACGCCACUGCCGAGCAGGUGCUGGCCGCUGUUCCGGGCAUCGACAUACUGAUCGUCCCCGGGCAGCUUCAGGCCAACGCCGCGGCGUCGAUGGGUCCGGUUGGCCCCUACCCGAUGGUCUACCAGACCCGGUGGCUGCAGAACGUGCUGGUCGUGUCGAGCGGUACCUUCGGCCAGCUGAUCGGCGUGCUCGAUGUCACGUUCGACGACAACGGCGUGAUCACGGCUUACUCGGGCGACACUGUACUGAUGGACGACAGCGUGGCGCCUGACCCGACGCUGCAGACCGCGCUCAUCGAUGAGUACGCGCAGAUCGAGGCCAAGUACACGUCCGUAAUCGGCUACUCGGCGGUCGACCUGGCCUUCCAGCAGAACUGCCUGUUCGCCGAGUGCACGAUCGGGGACUGGACCGGCGACCUCUUCAAGCAGCUGGGCAAGACCCAGAUCGCCUUCAACAACGGCGGCUCGGUGCGUGCGGGCAUCAGCAAAGGCGCGAUCACCCUGGGCCAGGAGCAGACCGCGUUCCCCUUCGGCACGUCCAUGCACUACACCUACAAGCUCAAGGGCGAGUACGUGUGGCAGGCGCUCGAGAACGGCGUGUCGCUGGCGACGGCGACCAACCUCGACGUCAACAGCGGCGCGGGCAAGUUCCUGCAGGUGGGUGGCCUUCGGUUCACUUUCAAUCCCAACAUGACGGUGGGCUCGCGGGUGGUGGACGCCUGGGUCGAGGUGUCGGCCGGCGUGUGGCAGCUGCUCGACACCGAGGCCCUCUACACCGUGUCGUCGUUCGAGUGGUUCGUCAUCAUCGGCGGCGACGACUACGGCAUGGUGCGCGACAAUGCGAUCGACGUCGAGCAGACCGGCUACUCGUUCAAUUCGAUGCUCUUCGCGGGCUUUGCGCAGAACAUCACCGCGGUCGAGGGUGGGCGCAUCACCACCACCUCGGCCAGCCGGCUCACCUGCACGGCCAGCGAUGGGACCCUAUGCAGCGGCAACGGGUACUGUCUGGCGGGCGUGUGUCACUGCACGGUCGAGGGUACAGAGGGUUCACUGUGCGCCACUGUCAACGCCACGGACUCGGGUUCAUCGACGAGCGAGUCGCUGGGCAUCGCGCUGGGCGUCACGCUGCCGCUGCUGGCGCUUAUCGCUCUUUGCAUAGUGGCCGCGGUGGUGGCUUACCGCAUCCGCGCGGGCCGGUCCGGCCACGACGCCUGGGAGAUCGACAUCACCGAACUCGAGAUGGGGCCGCUCUUGGGCGCGGGUGGGUUCGGUGAGGUCUAUCGGGCCGUGUGGAAGGGCACGGAUGUGGCGGUGAAGAUCAUGAGCGCACAGUCGGCGGGCAAGGUGGCCUGCGAGAAUUUCAAACAGGAGGUGCAUGUGAUGACGGCGUUGCGCCAUCCCAACGUGGUGCUGUUCAUGGCAGCCUGCACCAAGCCUCCCCAGAUGUGCAUCGUCAUGGAGCUCAUGUCUCUCGGCUCCCUCUACGACCUGUUGCACAACGAGCUGGUGCCUUCCAUUCCUCUCUCGCUCUGCCUCAAGAUGGCGUACCAGGCGGCCAAGGGCAUGCACUUCCUACACUCGUCGGGCAUUGUGCACCGCGACCUCAAGUCCCUCAACCUCCUCCUCGACGCCAAGUGGAACCUCAAGGUCAGCGACUUCGGCUUGACCAAGUUCCGCGCCGACCUCAAGCGAGCCGGCGGUGAUGAAGUUGAAGGCACUGUUCAUUGGAGCGCUCCGGAGGUUCUGGGCGACAGCGUGGACGUGGACUACAUGCAGGCCGACGUGUUCAGCUUUGGCAUCAUCAUGUGGGAGCUGCUCACUCGCGAGCAGCCCUACUGCGGACUCACCCCGGCGGCCGUGGCCGUGGGCGUCAUCCGCGACGGCAUGCGGCCCGACGUCGAUCUCGCCCAGGAGCGCCACGUCGACUACGAGCAGCUCAUGGCCCAGUGCUGGCACCAGGACCCUACCAUGCGCCCGCCUUUUCUCGACGUCAUGUCCAGCCUGGCCACAAUGCUGUCGCAUGGCGGCUACGACGUGACGGGCACCGGCACCAGCAGCUCGUCGGCCACCUACGGCGUGCACCGGUCCGGCUUCAAUUCCUCCUCCAAUUCGUCGAGCGCGUCAAAGGAGGCCGCCGCUGCCGGUGGUGCCCACCAGACGGUUCUAUCGCCGCCGGCUGGCGAGCACCUGACGGUGGUGAUGAGCGACAUCGCCAACGCGGCGCCGCUCUGGGAAGCCAACCCAUCGGCCAUGCGCCAGGCCAUGUCGCAGCACAAUCAGCUCGUGCGACAGCUCAUGACUCAUCACCGCGGCUACGAGUCGGUCUUCCUCAAGAAUCACGCCGGCGGCGAGGGCUACUUCUGCGUCGUCUUCUCCCGAGCCAUCGACGCACGGGAGUUGCUCAAGGUGGACUGGCCGCUGGACCUGAUCAAGCACGACCUGGCCCAGGAGGAGAUCGGUGGACCCCGGGACCACGUGAUCCACCGCGGCCUGCGGGUGCGCAUGGGCAUCCACCUGGGCUACACCAGUCGCGUACGCGACCCCAAGUCGGGCCGCUUCGAGUUCUCCGGCCCGGCGGUGCAGGUCGCCACCGAGCUCGCCAUGCACGCCGAGGGCGGCCACGUUCUGGUCUCGCGCGAAGUGACCGCCGCGACCGACGGCGCGAGCAGCGCCGACAGCGGGAAACCGCCCAGCGGCCGCUACGUUAGCCUGGGCGUGCUGGAGGUCAACGGCAAGAAUGGCGGGUCGUCCACCGACGUGGAGAUCUUCGAGAUGCGCGUGAGCGGCCUCGAGGAGCGCGUCGGCGGGUUGGUGGGCGGGCACGCCACGACUUCGUCGGGCCACGGCACCACAUCAGGCUCGUCGACCGACAUCACCGGCCGACCGCUGCGCACCCUGUUGCCCAUGUCGGACAUGUACAUCGGCAGCUCGAACGCGUGUCGGUGGAUUAUACCGUACGAGGAGCUGGCGAUGACCAAGGUCGAUGUGGGCCAGGGCUCGUACGGCGUUGUGUCGAAGGCCCGGUGGAAGGGCAUCGAGGUGGCGGUCAAGCGGUUCAUCAAGCAGCGGCUCGACGAGGACACCAUGCUGCGCUUCCGCGAGGAGGCCGCGAUGAUGGCCGAGCUGCGCCACCCCAACGUGGUGCUGUUCAUCGGCGCCUGCGUGCGGUCGCCCAACAUGUGCAUCAUCACCGAGUGGAUCCCCAAGGGCUCGCUGCGCGACGUGCUGACCAACCACUCGGUCAAGUUCCCGUGGCCCACGCGGCUCCGGGUGCUGCACGGCAUCGUGCUGGGCCUGUCGUACCUCCACUCCCAGUCGCCGCCGAUCAUGCACCGCGACCUCAAGUCGUCCAACGUGCUCGUCGACGAGUCCUGGAACGCCAAGAUCGCCGACUUUGGCUUUGCGCGGAUCAAGGAGGAGAACGUCACCAUGACCAAGUGCGGGACGCCCGCCUGGAUCGCCCCCGAGGUCGUGCGACGUGAGCACUACACCGAAAAGGCCGACAUCUACAGUCUUUCGAUUCUCAUGUGGGAGGUGGCGACGCGGAAGAUGCCGUUCGCCGGGGAGAACUUUGCCAAGAUCAGCCUCGAGGUGCUCGAGGGCAAGCGCCCGGCUGUGCCCUCGAACAUUCCCAAGUCCUACGCGGCGCUCAUGAGCCGCUGCUGGCACCGCAAGCCCCACAAGCGCCCCGCGGCCGAUGAGCUGUGCAAGACGAUCGAGGAAUGGCUCGACAACCCCAAGGCUGAAGAGAUGGUCUAA